AUGGCUACUGGCCUCUUAGGAUGGGGUCUGCGCAAGUGGAGUUACUCAAUGUGGUUCCCGGAGUCUCCUCGGUGGCUGGCGUGCAGAGGUCGCGAGGAGGACGCCCUGAAGCUGCUGAGACGCAUCGCCGCCACCAACGGCGGGUGGCUGCCUCCGUUCGCUCCGCGGGUGAUGCGGACCGUGGCCAAGGCCCAGAGGGACCGGAAGGGCUUCCUCAGCCUCUUCUCCAGCUGGAACGUCUUCAAGAAUACGGUGCUGCUCAUCAUUGCAAGGUCUGCGAACGUACUGACGCAGUUCUCGUUGGUGUUGCUGGCUGGUGGAGUGGGGGUGAAUCCAUUCCUGGCGCUGGUAGCGCAGGGUGCGGUCCAGCUGCCCUCUGUCUGCGUCGUCCACGUGUGCGCAGCGCGCUUCGGCCGCCGCUGGACCGGUGUGGGCUGUGCCCUGCUGGCAGGGGUCACUUGCGCGGCCGCCUUCUGCAUGCUGAGGGCUGGCAUCAUCGGACUGCCUAUCACGGUGGCGGCUGUGAUAACACAGUUCUUAUCGACGGGCACAAUCGCCAUGGCCAACCUGCAGAGUGUGGAGGUGCACCCCACAUGUCUGCGGCAGAUCGCGGCUUGCGUCGAGUGGACCGCAGCUGCCAUCGUCAUGUCUGCUCUACCAUACGUGGCCCUCAUGAGUGAUAGACGGACGCCCUACACCAUUCUCGCAGCUCUAAACUUGGGAACAGCGUUUGCAGUAUCAUUUCUUCCAGAAUCUGCGUUGCAGAGGCUACCAGAGUCAUUGCAGGAUGCUGCCGUCUUCGGCAAGGACCAGAAGUAUUGGAGCUGGAAGCCAAAACCAGCUCCACAGUAUGCCAUGGGGUAA